AUGCUGAACCUGCAUGGUUCUGUCACUCCGAAGCGUGUCAUGAAGCUAAUCUCUGUGCAUUGCUGGCUAAUGUUCUGCAAACUGCCGCCCAACUUCUUGGGUGUCAACGAUCUGAUGCCCGCGUCAAAGCUUCCUGCAUACACUGAUGAGGAACUCCAUCGGUGCGUUGCUGGAGCUCUUCCAUCAACUUCUUUGCAAAGCAGAGCAACACUUCUCGCCGCUGCCAUUCAAUCCACUUAUGGUGUAGAAGUCACCACAGCUUUGCAUACAGGUCACCUCCUAAUGUUGCGGGCAGAAAUUGCAUCUCCACCUGCUCAACGUAAAGUACUUCGGGCGGAAAACAAACAGUCUGUCAUUGCUGCUGCACGAGCGCACCGAGUGUCUCGAGAAGAAGAGUGGCCUGUUCCUGUGUCUCAAGAAGUGAUAUUAGAGCGGCUGAACGAAUACAUCAAAGGUUCUGCAUGGGAGGACCCUGCUGUUUGCACUGUUUGCUCGCAGUAUGACAGAAAGGCUAUGGAGAUUCCCCUUUCCAGUGAUUUGACGUCUCUUCAUCUCGACCUGCUAUGCGUUUCUGAUCCUUACAUUAUCAAGAAUUGCAUCGUGCAGUCGCUCUCAACCUGCUUCACCUAUGGCCACAACAUCCUCGAAGGUCUCCAGUUAGACAAAUUGGGACUCGUUUCUCGCGUUUCUGGAGAUGCAUCGCUUAUGAUGUGCUCUCCUUGCCACUCCGCCUUGACCCACAACAAACUUCCUGCCCUUGCACUGGCCAAUCGCCUGUAUCGAGGCUCCCUUCCUUCCCAAUUCAGUGACCUGACCUGGAUUGAAGAAAAGGUGUGCGCGAUUUACUCAAUCACAGUGCACGUCACACGACUUUUCCAGUCUUCUGAUCCAACCCAACCGAAGGUUUUUCAUGGAAACACCUGUGCACAUGACAUGAACAUUAUGUCCACUGCCUCGGUUCUCCCACGAGCUCCCGCAGACAUCAAUGGUUUCCUGAGUGUCAUUUUCAUCGGACCUGAAGCUUUUAACCCCAAACGAAUGGGUACCCUGUUCUGCAUGCGAAAACACAAAAUCUGGACAUUUCUGCAGUGGCUCAAGGCACACAAUCACCUAUAUGCUGACAUACCAUUAGAUGAGACCAUCAUGGAUCUUUAUCCAUCUGACGGCACUCUCCCUGGGCUGGAUAACCGUGUUGUUGUAGAUCACGAAUUGAAUCCACAAGCUGUGUUCGCGAGCGAGACAUCUGGUUUCAGUGGCCAUCCUGCUUCUCUCAUGCACGACACUGAUCCCGCUGACAUCACUGCCAACCUUGAGAGUGCACCUGUUUUGGUAGAGAAGAUGGGCGUUUCCGAUCCAGAAUGCGACAAACUGAGUGGACGAGCCUUUACAGCUUCAGCACUUCGUAACCUCCUCCCCGGUGGUCACUUGACUGGUUUACCUGAUCUCGUUCUGCAUCAUACUGAUUCAGCUAUUCCUGAAUACAAUAACACUCCGCUGUUUCCUGGGAUGUAUCCCACCCUGUUUCCAUAUGGAAUUGGUGGCUUUGAAGAUGAUCAACGUAUGACACCUUUGGCAUUCAACCGGCAGGCCAAGUAUUUCCUCAAUCUCUCAGAUCGGCAUUUUUGA